UACCAGGUUUAGUUUAAUGGCUAUCGAUUUCCAACGCUAUUGUACCUUCAACUCUCAACCAUGGAAAAGAGUGAAUUGGCGGUGUGGCGGUGGAGAUAUGGGGGAUGUUAAUAAGGGAUAACAAGUCACUUCCCCCGCAAGCAGAUGAAAACAAAAUCAAGUUCCAUUAAAUAUGGAGACUGAAGGAUGCCAAUUUAAUAUUACUUUUUAGCCGGCAAAAGAUGUGACUUCAUAACCCACGCCAUUGAUGAAUCUUUGGCCGCCUUCACAUGCUCAAUUCGGUACAUUCAAAUCCUAAACAACUUCCCCUUUUUCUAUCCACUCUGCCUAUAUAAAGCUAUGAUGGGAAAUUGUGGAUUUCAUCUACUAGUUGCCCUCAUUAGACCCUCAUUCAGAAUUACAACAGAAUAGCCAUGGUUGCAUUUUCACAAACACCUUGGAGUCGGUAUAGAGAUAGAUGUAUAAGCUUACCUGCUCGAUCGCAUCCAUCCACGAUUCGGGUUGAGCAAGAGCUAGCCAAGCUUCGAUCCUUGGAUUCUUCUUCCUUCUCAAGCAUUGAAGCGAAUUGCAGCGCUCUCUCCGGCCUGGUGGAGCUCUACAGAUGCAUAAACGAGGUUCUGAACCUCCCACUGGUCCAACAAGCCCUAGUCUCACACCGACGUGAAAUUUGGGUACAGGAAUUGGUCGAUGGCUCUGUAAGAUUCCUGGAUAUCUGCGACAAUACGAGAGACGCUGUUUUGGUGAUAAAAGAAAGCAUUCGACAGCUCCAAUCGGCGAUCCGGCGAUGCAAAUACGAAGAUUCGGGCGUCGAGAACAGCAUCGUUGCAUAUAUCAGCUUGAGAAAGAAGAUCAAGCAUGAAAGCUUGAAGAAAUCGCUCGCAUCGCUCAGACAAAUGGAUUACACCUCCGGAGCCUCUCCUCCUCUUCAAUUAGAAAACGAAGUGACGGUGGCGGUGAUCAGAGUGCUGAGAGAAGCAAGCUCCAUCACCUCCUCCAUCUUCAACUCUCUAUUGUCUCUCCUCGCCGUGCCGGUGCACUGGAGACCGAAACCUAGCCGAUGGUCAGUGGUGUCAAGGCUCGUGCACAAGGGAGCAAUCACACGCAACAAUCAGGCAGAGAGAGCCAACGAGUUGGAGAACCUAGACAUGGCGAUCGAGGCGAUGCAGUUCGGAUCGUUGAGAAGAGACGCAGAAGCGGAGGAGAAGAUUCAAUCGAUUGUUCGAGAGAGACUGUUGGGGUUGGAUUCGAGCAUUGAAAGAAUCGAACAUGGAACAGAAGGAUUGUUCAGGGAAUUGAUUCAUACCAGAGUUUCUCUUCUGAAUAUAAUUACUCAGUAAAAUUGGUCGCAUUGUGAUUUCCCCCUCGUGAAAUCCGGCGAUGAAAAUCGGCUCUGUACAUUCGUGAACUGAACUCUAUCCUUGAAUUUGAUAAUGUGUUGGCUGUGAUUUUGAACCAAAAAAGUGAUUUUCAGUCUGUAUAAAUCCUUCUUCUAUCUUCAAGAACACUUUCUCUGUGAGCUGAAAUCCAAAUCAAAUAGAAGAACUGCAUUGAAUC